AUGGCGGCGAUUUCUUCUCACCUUUUGGUCCGAUCAGACAAACUCUCUCUUUCCUCUCCGUUUUCUUCUUUCUCUGGCCAGAAUCUCCGGCGAUCGCCUCAAUUUUCCGGCAAGUUCACCAGCAUUUCCGUAUCUUCUCCGGCGACACUCCCAAAAAUUUCGUGCCAGACCUCCUCUGCUACUUCUCCACCUUCGUCCCUAGACAAUGGAACAGCAAAAGCAGAACUGAAGGAUUUUCUGCACAUAAGUGAUUUUGACAAAUCUACCAUUUUAAAGAUCUUAGAUCGAGCUGUGGAGGUCAAGGCACUUCUAAAAUCAGGAGAGAGGACAUAUCUCCCGUUUAAGGGGAAGACUAUGGCUAUGAUCUUUGCAAAGCCAUCUAUGAGAACACGUGUUUCAUUUGAGACUGGGUUUUCCUUGCUAGGAGGUCAUGCAAUAUACUUAGGACCUAAUGAUAUUCAGAUGGGUAAGCGGGAGGAAACUCGGGAUGUGGCACGUGUUUUGUCUCGCUAUAAUGACAUUAUUAUGGCACGUGUCUUUGCUCAUCAGGAUAUCCUUGACUUGGCUAAAUAUGCAACUGUACCUGUUAUCAAUGGCUUGACAGACUACAACCAUCCCUGCCAAAUUAUGGCUGAUGUCCUCACUAUCAUCGAACACGUUGGUCAGUUAGAAGGAACUAAGGUUGUCUAUGUUGGAGAUGGAAACAACAUUGUUCACUCUUGGUUGUUGAUAGCUUCGGUUAUUCCUUUCCACUUUGUUUGUGCCUGCCCCAAAGGUUUUGAACCAGAUAAGAAAACAGUUGAGAAGGCGCAACACGCAGGCAUCAGCAAGAUUGAGAUCACAAAUGAUCCAAAGGAAGCAGUCAAAGGAGCUGAUGUUGUGUACUCAGAUGUGUGGGCCAGCAUGGGGCAAAAGGAGGAGGCUGCAUAUCGCCAUCAAGUUUUCCAAGGAUUUCAGGUGGAUGAAAAUCUUAUGAAGAUAGCAGGGCCAAAAGCCUAUUUCAUGCAUUGUCUACCAGCAGAAAGAGGAGUGGAAGUGACUGACGGAGUGGUUGAGGCCCCAAAUUCAAUUGUGUUUCCACAAGCUGAGAAUCGCAUGCAUGCACAGAAUGCUAUCAUGCUUCAUCUGCUUGGGGUUUAA